GGGCAGGUAAGGCUAAGCACGCUAAUGCCGGCUGCUGUAGCGGCGGGGGUGUCCUGGGCAGGGCUGGACCCGAAGACCUCCCCUCGCUACCCAUAUCAACGCCUAUCAUAAGCCACUGCGGGUAUUCUCGCGUUCCAUGGCCUUCAUCAGAGCGGGGUCGUCAUCAUGGGAAUUGGGCUCUUCCAUCUUUCUCAACAUUCCUAGCUGAGUUCCAAACUUCCUCUCUGCACAUGCUUCGAUCUCCCCUGGGUCCCUCAAGUCUCGCCCAACGUCCUAUUUUCCUAGUCUCUUUCGUCACUCGCUUCGCACCUCGUCUCCUCCCUCGUUUACUCCGCCCACUUCCACCCAUCAUUCGCAACAAGGAAGUAUGGCGACAGUCUCGCAUUGUCUCUACUGUUUCGAGACCCUCGCUUCUUACCUGGGCACCAAGAAGUCGAUGACCCUUGAAGAGGUGGAACAGGCAUGGCAGAAGUAUUGUAAAGAUGCCGAUAUAGCGGCAAAGAAGCCGUCUCCGGCGCUCCGACGUAUCGCCAACAGCUCGGGUUCCACGAGCAGUACUUCGUCACCUGCCUCUGGCUCAACACUCUCGUUGGACAAUGACACUCCCGCGACGUCCACUGCCUCCCUGCCUUUGGAGCACCCACCCAUUACCGAAUCGCCACUCUUCAUUACCUGGAAUACGGUCGCGCCAACAGGUUAUUCUUCACUACGAGGAUGUAUCGGGACAUUCGAGGCUCAGGAGUUAAGCGAGGGCAUAUCUUCCUACGCCAUAACGUCUGCCAUCCACGACACGCGGUUCGACCCGAUUACCAAGCGUGAACUGCCGACGCUCGAAGUCGCCGUUACUCUUCUCACUGACUUUGAAGAUUGUGAUGACGCUAUGGACUGGGAGCUCGGAACGCACGGUAUACGGAUCAGCUUCGUUGACCGUGGGCGGCGAUACGGUGCUACCUACCUCCCAGAUGUAGCAUCGGAGCAGGGUUGGACUAAGGAAGAGACGUUGAUCAGCCUUAUGCGGAAGGCAGGCUGGGUUGCCCGAAAAGACUUAUGGAAAGACAUCAAUCUCAAGGUGGUCCGUUACCAAGGCAAGAAAGAAUCAUUGCGAUAUUCCGAAUACAAGCACUGGCGUGACUGGGUCGAGACAAAUACUGGUGCAUGAUAGAUGUGAUUACACGUACACAAAAGUGCCACGUUCAGCGGCUUAAGCCAUGGCGUUAUUGAGGGGUUUUGAUUCAGAUUUUCGACACAACACAGUCGCGGCGUUCUUGGCAGAUAGGUUGGGCUAAGAGAGGUCAAGAGGAGAAGCAAAUAUUUCGUUGAAUUAUUCGAUACAGGUAGAUGGUUCCUCUACUAUGGACUUUCUAGUAAUCUCAAGCACCAAUCCAAACAAACUCAAUUCAGAUGGAACUCAAUUCAAACCAAACUUUUGAUGAUUUUUUAGAGGGAUAAAAGAUAAGGAGGAAAUGACAUUCCACAACCACUUCCCUAUUUAUUCAAGGGCCUUGGCGUAAUAUCAUCGUCUCCCUGUCUACUUGCUCACCCAAGAGGCUAUCCCAACAAAUUGGGUGUACUACGUUCUUGUCCCAGAGCCUCUAGUACUAGCUUGUACUCAAUGGCAUGAGCGCCAU